AUGAAGGGAAAAACUGUUUUAACUCUAACCGAUCAGAUACAGCCACGUUCUUUAAUAUGGUUGAAUGCCAAAGGACAACUACAACUAAGCGGUUUUACUGCCAAAUGUGUGCAAUUAUUUGCUGAAAAAUAUAAUGCCAAUUUAAAAAUGGCCCUUCCAAUAAAAAUUAAUGAAAUUCUACAUUUAAGUAUUAUAAAUAACAUGACUAAAAAUGGUGAAUUGGAUAUACCCAUGAGUUUGGUAUCAUCGUUUAUUGGCGAUAAGUGGUUGAGUCUUUCGUAUCCUUUAGAAAUUGGCAAAUGGAUGAUUAUGACACCCUGUGCCCGGGCAAUGGAAACUAGGAAAGUAUUCAAAUUAAUUAUAACGCCACAAGUAUUUGUCUUUAUAAUAGGCUUUACGAUAAUAUUUUCCAGUCUGUUUACCUUAACAGAGAAACUAUUUCAUAAUCGCUUCUAUUGGCUGAACAUAUUCGUAAAUGAUAAAGUUAUACCAGGACUUUUAGGACAAUCGUUUGUUUUCAUAAAAUCCUGUGUGUGCAGUAUAAAACUGGUUUAUAUUUUAAUCUUAACAUUGGGUUUACUCUUAAGCACUUACUAUUCGGCUUAUUUGAAGGCGUUCAUUACUAAACCGCCUUUAGAAAAGCAAUCAAAAACCUUUGAUGAUUUACAUAGUGCCGGCAAGAAGAUAUUAAUGGAUAUAUUAGAUAUGAAGAACCUAGAUACUAAUGAUAAUGGCAUUAUGGAGAAAAUGCAAGAUUUGAUUGUAUACCUCAAUGACUCUACAUUAUAUCAUAAAUAUCGCAAAAGUUUCAACACUUCCUAUAGCUAUACCGUUACCACAGGUCUUUGGAAUAUAUUCCUACAGAAACAAACCUUUUCUACACAUAAAAUAUUUUGUACUUCUGAAGAUAUGUAUAUAAUGGACUUGCUAAUGUUAAGUAUACCUUUACAGGAGAAUUCGAUUUACAAAGAAGCUUUGGAUUAUCUAAUACAUCGGGUAUAUUCGGUAGGUUUGUUCUAUGCCUGGCAAUCUCAUACGUUUUACGAUAUGUUAAGAUUGGGAAAUAUUUCUCUUAAUGAUACGAGUAAAUUAGAUUCCUAUGAAAAAUUGACGCUGGAGGAUUUAUUAACGAUUUGUUGUAAAAGUAUUUACGAAUAUCCUUCAAAAGUUUAA